AUGACUGACGUCACCCGCGAGACCUUCUACCUCGAGUCCCUCAACCUCACAACCCAAGACUUCAUCACCACCAAGCUCAAGCACACAUGUCGCCGCCACACCACCAACAUCUCCCCUGCCCACCUCGAAGCCUUUCUCUCUAAAGCGAGCGCCAUCGACGCCGUCAUCCGCUUCCACAAAGGCAGAGAGGGCACCCUCGACGGCCCGUUUCCCACCCUCUCCCAGUGCCAGCAGUGGUUCCAAGCCUUCUCCCUGCAAAAGAUGGCCUCGGCGAACAAGUCCACUGGCGGUUACACCCUCGACCCAAGCCAGUCCGCCGACCUGCUCAUCCCCCUCACCCUCUGA